GUUUCUUCCCGCUCACCACAAGGCGAGUAUCGAAGGAUCUGCAUUGAGUGAGCCACUGCCAUGUGCUCCGUCUAAGACACAAUGUGGCACAGGAAUAACCUCGGGGUUUUGUUGAUAUCACUCUUGCUCCUACGUGUACAUGCGGCUUUUAUUCGCCGUUUGGAUUGCAGCCCCUCGGAUGAUGCGUUAAUCGACCAUAUCUUUGAGCCACUUUCCUUGAGAGGCUAUCUAGACACUAAACAUGCGAACAAAACAAUACUGUCCUUAACAUUAAGCGGCGAUUAUGAGUCUCAUAAUUGUGAAGCCUUGGGCGGCGCAUUGGCACGCAUAUCAAUUGAUGCAAGAGUACUCGGUCGUUCGGUUAUUACUGAUGACCGCCUGUUGGACUCCAGUGCUGACUGCCCGGAGUUGUCUCCGAUCUAUUAUCCGAGGUACCUAUUGCAUCCUCCAACAGGAAGCUCUCAACUGAUGAUCUAGAUCCGAUCCUCGGACGUACACAACGUACCGAGCGUCGUACUCAUUGGACCAUGCGUACCGCAUGAACACCUUGGCAACG